AUGGACUGCAUUCAUCGCGGCUCCUCUGUGCGUCACGCGGCUAUUGAAGGUGAAUGAGUGACUGCUGAGAAUCAUCUGGCCACCUGUGGGUCAUGUGCUCGCGAUGCAGCGGACGCCGCCGAUUUAUUGAUAUUCUUAAAACGUCGUACACUAGCGAAUAAAAGAGCUGAAGGCAAACUUGCGCUCGCGCUCUGACAGACGCCACACGCUCGCGCCUGGUGUGUUACAUGCACAAUGAACGUGUUUAUAGGAAAGACUGAGGAUUUAACAGUUUGAGUGAUAUUUCUGUAUCGUCAUUGCGAGAGAGCAUCUUCUUUGGGCUUCGGUGAUGCGGGUCUGGAUCGCAAAAAAAUUGUGGUGCAUUUCGGAGCUCUUGCAUUUGACAAUGACAUCAAGGCUGUAAGGAUGCUGCCUUCAGUUGUUUUCAUCAUAACAAUGUUUUUGGACAUUCUAGUGAGAGUUUGAGAGUUUCAAUCUAAUGCAUUGUAUUUAUAGCCGUAUAAUUGCUGGAGAGAUGUCAAGUUCCCGUUACCUUUCCCUGGAAAUUGGUGUCACUCGUCUGGAUUGACUCGUUUGAGGAAGAUAUGAUUUCUCUCACUUUUGGGAGACUUGUUUUGUCUCUGUUUGGAUGCCACAUCUGCUUAGCUGGGGCAAACCGCCCGGCUGCUCCUGUAAAUGUAUCUGUUACUCACCUGCGGGCCGAUUCAGCUACUGUGUCCUGGAAUAUUCUGGAGGGAGAGACCGUAAUUGGCUUUGCCAUCUCACAGCAGCGUCAGGACGGGCUGAUGCAGCGUUUCAUUCGUGAGGUGAACACAACCAGCCGAGCUUGUGUACUUUGGGAUCUCGAUGAAGACACAGAUUAUAUCAUCCAAGUCCAGUCCGUUGGACUGCAUGGAGAGAGUCUGGCCAGCAAAAAGAUUCACUUCAGAACGCUUAAGAAAUCCGAACAUUUUCAAUCCGCCAUGAUGGAUCAAGAAGACCCAGCGGUUGAGGGAUUAGACAUAUCCAGACAUCUACUAUCUGGAGAGAUACUGAUCAUUAUGAUGGUGCUGCUAAUGUGGGCAGCUGUGAUUGCGCUCUUCUGUAAGCAAUACGAUAUCAUCAAAGACAAUGACUCCAACAACCACAGUAAAGAGAAAACAAAACCUCUGUCUGAGCAGAGUACACCAGAAUACCAUAACGGAGGCCUGCUGGGCAGCAAGGUAAAACCUUCACAUUUGACCAACACUUUAACUAUGUUCGGAAAACUGAAUUCUGUGCAGUAUAUUCUGGAUACCAUUUUAUUUAUUUAUUUGACUAAAUAUAGCAUGUGAAACAGAGACAUUUAACAACAAUACAAUUUUAAAACAGUAGUAUGCUGCAUGCAUGCAUGUUUAAUUCUGCAUGCUGCCUCCAGUUAUCAUAUUGGAAGUAAAAAUGGUUAUUUUGUAUUUUAAUCCAAUUUUGUGUUAACUCUUGGCAGUCCAGUGGAAUAAUGAGUUGAGAAACAGAUUGCAGAAAAGCACAUUGCAAUGUAGGAUACAAGAGUCCAUGCAAUAUGCUCUGUUGUAUACACUAAUAUAUUUACGAUUGAAAACGCAUUGAUUUAGCUCUGUUAGAGCCUGUCAGCCACACUGGAACGGCAUUUUUAUUCCAAUGAAAAUAGAGACUUUCAAAAAUGCCCUAUAGUACUCCGGGGUGGACUGGGAAGAGAAAUCGGACCAGGAUUUUACAUAGAAACUGGCCCAAAAUUGGGGGUGUCGCUCAUUUUAGCUUAGUGCCGGUUCUUCCGAUGGCCAGUCCGCCCCUGAUCGGACCCAAAGUGUGUCAGCCCACCAGGAAAAUGCCCGGUAUGCCAGAUUACCAAUCCAGCCCUGGCUGAUCGUCAUAGUUGCGCAGCCUCUACUACAGUGACAUCAUCGUAAACACGACACAAACUGACCAAAACAAUAACACGACCGCUAGCUGUUAGCUACUAGCUCAUUGUGCUGCAUAAAGCAGUUGCAUCAUGGUGAUUUUACACAAGUGUAACAGUUAAAUUGGCCUGGAUGUUUAAGAAGCUUUCCAGUAGCUGGUCAACUAAAUAAAGUGAAGCUUUCAUGCAGAGUAAACGUACCAUCCUCCAGCCGUGGCCAAGUCCAGGGCACUCUCCCUCCCAUUGCUCACCGGUGUAGAUAGCGUCCAUUUGGUCGAAACACUUCCACUUUCCCAUGAUGGUUCUGUAGACACUUGUGUUUUUUACUUUUCCCUACACUGUUGGUAGGUCCGGUGGUAGCCGUGUGCGGGCAACAACUGAAAUACUUUUUCAUUUCGUUCGUCGCUAACGAGAGGAACGUCUGCAACUCGUUUAUUGACCACGGGGUGGUUUUGCGCAUGAUACUGCUAUGGCUGUAGCUAUCUUUAAAACUAGCGGGUUGAUGUCACGGGUCGGAAAUCCAGCGACGCUGGUAGUGACGAUUCUCUCGGACAAUCAGUGAUCUCUAGGAUUUUUAUGUCAAAUUUAGUAUCAGCUCGGCUCGCUUGGAACCUCGACCGAGGUGGUACUAUCAGGUACAAGGUACUAUCCACAGUGGAAAACCCCCAAAAAGUGAGCAGAGUUGAGUCGAGUUGAGUCAAGUUGUACCGUGCAGUGGAAAAGCCCAUAUACUGAAGAUUUUCUACAUAUUGUCCUUACUGUGUUACAGAAAUAAAGCAUUUUAAUGCAACCUCAUCUCACUGAUUGAAUGUUACUAUAACUACAUUUUUGACUUUGACAAACCGACGUUUACGUGCCGCGUUCUACGUUUCGUUGCAGUUUCCUGGUGAAAUGACCACUAGAGGCACUACAACAGCUGUGUGUUUUAUUCGCUUUCACUCAGAUGGUGGCUGAUUAUGACUUUAUCACUUAUUUUUAGCACUGUUACACACUGCUAUGUUAUGAUAUCGCCAGUGCAUCGUUUGAAAAACGUUACAUUUUAAUGCUUGUAUUACAGACUCGUGUACAUUUACACACUUAAUCCAAUGUGAUUAGCCUCCGCGGUAGCUCACCUGAUUGAGUGUUGGUCUUGCUGACACGUGAGACGAGAAGUGAAACAAAAUGACAUGGUCAGAAAAUGUACUUUGGUUUUAGGACACUGUAAGUUACGUUUAAGUGUUGGUUUAGGAUAAGGAUGUCUGUUUAUUCUGUUAACCCCUUGUAAAGCAGUUCAAUGGAAAGGAGGAGGCGAGAACCGGCCUGGCGAUAUAAACAAUACUUUAAUGAUUAACUUAAACAUAAGACAAACACACACACACACACACAUGACGGACAUGUCUGUAAACGAUCUCUCUCUCUCGUCGCACCACCAUCCGCAAUCAGCCUUUAUCCCUCUCGGAGGCUUAAUUAGCCUGAUAAGGGACCAGGUGUGUUUAAUCAUGACUCGGCCCCGCCCUCCGCCCUGUCACACCCCUGAUUUGCUUUUAGGACACUAGUGGUUAGGGAUAGGUUAGGGAGGUACAUUUGACUCAUUACAACCAUAAUCUCAUAUUCACCCUAAAAAUCUGGGCUGAUUACGACACCAUUCCACUCGCUUUUGGCGCCCCCUGCUGGACAUUUCACUGGGAAACUGUAGCGAAACAUGGAAUGAAGCGCGCAUGUUUGUUUUGCAAAAAUUGUUUUUCUAACCUGUAAACUUUCU